AUGGCUCCAGCUUAUAAGAAGUCGCCUGUCACCUUUGCCCAGUGCGUGGGAUCUGCUUUCUUCUUCCUCCAGAUCGCCUCUGUCGAAGCUGACGGAAAGUUGUUUGCCCUUGGGUCCAGGAAUGGCUCAAAGAGUCUGGACUUAGCAAUGGCUCAGCGAUCAUGUGCUGAUGUAGAAGCUCGUUUAGCCAGUGCAGAAGAACUGAAGAGAGCCAUAAGAGAUUGUUCCUUUGUCGUGUGCACCAGUGGCUGGCUGGCUGAUGGCACUAUUGGGACAACUGUGUGCAACAGGACAGGCAGCAAGCCACAGAGUGUGAAGAUUAUUGAUGUUCGGAUUGAAAUGGAUCCCUCUCCAAGUGGCAGAUAUGAUGCUCUUUGUGUGAAGAAUGAAGGCAAACCAUGUGGGGAUCCACCUUCCUUCCCUCACACAGUUCUCCACGGCCACACUGGGUUUGAAAUGGGUGAUGAACUGCAUUAUGUCUGUGCCCAGGGAUAUAUCAUGAGUAACAAAGAUACAGCUUUCACUCUGCUUUGUCAUACCUGUGGGGAAUGGUUUGGUCAAGUCCAAGCUUGUGUGAAAGAUGAAACUGAAGGGCAUGUUGAUUAUGAAGACAAUUUUCCUGAUGACCGAUCUAUUCCUACUGAAGAAGAUGAACAUAAGACCAAAGAAACAGAGGUGAAGGCAAAUGAGCAAGAGAAAGCCACAUAUGAUGACAAGAUGACACAGGUUGCUGAUGAUGACAACCACAUUGGCAUGAAAACUAUGUAUAACGAGAAAGGCACCAAAAUGAUAUAUGAAGGUGAGGACUUCCCCAUUGGACCUAUCAUUGUGAACAAUGAUACAAAAGCAGCAAAAAGAACAGAGUCUCAUACAGAUGAGUCCUGGCUAGAUGGUUACCCUGUUACUCAAGAAGCAGUAGAAGUUGAUGAAGAGGAAGGAGAUAAAAUUGAUGGAUCUAUGGGGAUGGAAUAUGAUAUUGCCACUGACCAACUGAACCAUUUUGGUGUUAGGAAGACAGGCAGCAGCAGACUGGAAAAGGAUUUUGUACAGACUGGGGCAGUCCCACCACUGACACACAAUGAUGGGAUCAAAAGAAUACCAGUAACACUAACACCACCAAGUGUUCCAGAGAAUGUCAGUAUAAGCAAAGGUUCUGAUGAUGUUAUCAGGUAUGUCCCAAUGACACCGAUGGGAUUUAUCACUCAGAAGUUGGGAUCAGUAACCACAGUCACGAACUUAAAUUUGGCUAUAUUGGAGACUUCUACAGUGCUCCAUCUCAUUGAUCACAUUCCGUUGCCAGAUGAAGUAGAAAUGAUGACUUCCCCCAUGCAAGCAGUUACCGUUAAGCCUUCUCAAAAUGGCUUUACUGAUACAUCAGCUGUUGUUAAGGAAGAAGGUCUUACCUAUGGACUCGGUGGAAAGCUUCUGACCACUUUGGAACCAUGUGUAGGAGUAGAUUGUUCCAGGUCUGAUAAAGGCUCCAUGAUAGCUGUUGGGGUGACUGUUGUAUGCUUGCUUUUUCUAGCUGUGAUCUUGGCAGUGUGGUGCUUCAGAAAACGGCAACAGAAGACCUCUGUUUAUAAGCUGAAUGGGAAAGAUCAUACUAGGCACCAGCCGCAACAGAUUGAAAUGCAGAAAGUCUAACUCAGCAGUAUAUAUUAUUGGGAACGAUUGUGAAAAGGAGAAAAAUGGAAACUGAAUGACAGAUGGAUACUAAUGUCCACUAGUUCAGAAUAUAAGGUGACCUGUGUGUGGAACAGCAAGAGCUGCACUAACUGAAAUCACAAUAUAUUGUGAUAUCAGGAUUAAUUCGGGUAUCUGUGUUGGUAUUCAGUGUUAAUCCUACUCAGAGUACACCUAUUGAAGUUAAGGGACAUUACUAACUUAGGUUCAAUCAUUUCGAUGGGUCUACUCUGAGAAGGACUUAGUUGAAUACAACCCCUAUAGUUUUUAACCACCCAUCUUCUUGAGGAUUCCAGGGCCGAUUCACAGAAGCAUAUGUUAUCACUUGAUAACUGUAAGAGGAUGGCUUGAGUUUUGGAAAUAGGUGGUCUGUGACAAACUUCAUGGAUGGAGCUUUCUUAUAUGUGCACAGUGUUCAUCUGGAUGCAAGCUAAUCAAAUGGCAAGACCAUCUUUUGACAACUGCUACCUCGAAUUAUUGUGUGCAUUGAACUUUGAGAAGGCAGAAUGAGAGUGGAAGACGAACAGUACCUGCUCCUUACAUUAAUCCAUAAAUUUGGUCAUAGCCCAAUGACAAGUUUAAAAGCGGCUCUAUAAAACAGGAAAACAAUCCGGGUGCAAGAAUGAAGAGGAUUUAUUUGUCAUUUUUAAA